AAUGAAAAUAAUAUUUUAAUAAUGCACCAAAAUAUUGCUGGUAUAUUAAAUAAACAAGAAAUAUUUCAAAUAACUCUAGAUGAAUUGAAAACAAAUGGCACAUCUGUAGAAGUUAUAUGCCUUAGUGAAACUUUUCUAAAGUCCAAUGAUGAAAAAAACUUACACAUACAGGGUUAUUGUUUAGCAGAUUUUUAUUCCAGACCAAAUCAACGACGAGGUGGUGUAUGCAUACUAUGUAAAGACCAUUACAGUUUUAACAAAAUAUCCAUGCUUUCUGAAUAUGCUACUGAACGCACUUUUGAGUGUUGUGGUAUUAGUAUUCCACAAAUGAAGUUCUUUAUUAUAUGUAUAUACAGAAUUCCUAAAUCUGACCCGCAGUUAUUUUUGAAUAAACUCGAAACUUUAUUAGACAAACUACGAUACAAAAAAAAUUAUAAAAUUAUAAUAGCAGGAGACUUUAAUAUAAACAUUUUAAAAGAUAGCAAUAUUCAGACUGAUUAUAUAAGAAUAAUCCAAAAUUAUGGAUUUACAAUACAUAUCAAUGAACCAACAAGACAACAUGCUUGUCUCGAUCAAAUCAUUAGUAAUGUUUUCAAUGUUAUAGGACAUACACACAAGGUAGGAUUAUCAGAUCAUGAGACAUGCCAAACGAUCCAUGUUCCAAUUCUAAAAGAACAAAAGCCGAAGAAGAUGUGGUUUAAAUUUAAGCGUGACCAUAACGAAGACAAUAUGAAUAAAUUUGUGCAAUGUUUGAGUGAUUUCUCUUGGAUGGAGGUUUUUGAAGCAACUAAAUUAAAUGACGCAUUUAAUUUUUUUUACGAAAAUCUUAUUCUUUUUUAUAAAUUAUGCUUUCCUAUGUGUAAAAUAAAAAUAACAAGCAAAUCUAAGAAUUCUGAAUGGAUUACGAAGGGAUUAAGAAAAUCAUGUGUCACAAAAAGAAAAUUGCGGUUCAAAUAUUACAAGAAGAAAAAUCAAGAAAGUAGGACCCAGUAUCGUAAAUAUGCUGAAUCUUUAAAGCAAUGUAUAUAUGUAGCACAAAAACUAAAUAAUAAAAAAUAUCUAACUAAAGCAAAGAAUAUAAAUAAGGCCACUUGGAACCUUAUAAACAAACAAGAUCAACUUUAUAGGAGAGAUAAAUAUAUACAUCGACUAUAUCAUGACAAUAAGAUUAUAACCAAUUGUAAUGACAUAUGUAACAUUUUUAAUGACUUUUAUAUAAAUAUAGUAAAAAAAAUUCAUAAUGACAAAAUAAAACCGACUAAACUUACUCAAAUAAAUUAUCAGAAAAACAGUAUGUUUCUAUCACCAACAACAUGCGAUGAAAUAUAUAAAAUCAUCAUAUCUUUAAAUAAUACAGAAUCCGUUAGAUAUGAUGAGUUUCCAACAAAGUUAUUAAAAACCUGUGCACAUAUAAUAUCUCCAAUUUUAAGUUAUUUAAUAAACUUAUCUUUCAUAGAAGGGACAUUUCCAGAUUUACUUAAAAUUUCAGUAAUAAAACCAAUUUAUAAGAAAUAUGACAAACAGUUAGUAGAUAAUUACAGACCUAUUUCCUUGAUACCAAUAAUAGCAAAGGUGUUUGAAAAGGCAAUAUAUACAAGAAUCGUUGCUUUUCUAGACAAAUUCAAAAUUUUAAAAGAUGACCAACAUGGUUUUCGUAAAGGAAAAUCUAUUUCUUUAGCUGCAUUUAAGCUUAUAAAGACAAUAACUGAAAAUAUUGACAAGAACAUUGACACAGUUGCAGUUUUCUUUGAUAUGAGCAAAGCAUUCGAUUGUGCUGGCUGA